UUUUUUUUUUUCUACAGAGGGUCGGGGGUGUAGCCCAAGAACUCCCAACCGUUCUUGGACGCUUGGUCAUCGGCUGGCGCUUUUUCAGGUCGUCUUACUAACACCGCUUCGGCCACUCGGCGCCGCCAAACCCUGACCCUCGGAGGCUGUGUUGGUUGGCGAGAGCGCCACUGUUUUUUUUUUAUACACAGUAUUUUCGAGGCCGGAGAUGCCUUCGACCUCGGCAAGAGAUGAGGGGGGGCCAUCGGCCAUCCCAAUGGGGAAUGGAGGAGUUUUGGGCUGUCUCACCGGCAAUGCAGCACCUUUGCGGAGUUCCAGAAGCUGUCAAACGUCGACUUUUAUGACGCAGCCACCCUCGCUUCUACUGGCAAGGCGUGGCGAGGCUGUCUACCGAGGCAGGGCGGCCAAAUUGGCUGGCUGGCUGGCUGGCUGGCAGGCUGGCAGGCUGGCAGACAGGACCGGCAAUCGGAUUCCCUGGACGAGUGGGAGGGGGUCCCUGAGGGUUCCUGAGGGUCCCUGAGGGUCUAUAUCAACGUCGUUGUAUCGCAAGUCUUGGUCCAGGAUCGCUGUGGGGGCCGUUAUUGUCAAGCUUAAAACCAAGUAAAAUGAAAGAGGGCGGGCGCACAGGGAAAAAUGCCCGACGCAGGAACGGGUCGUAGCACAACAGAUUCUUCUUUCGUGGAGCAGAACUUUCGUGGAACAAGAGAGGGUCCCCGGC